UUUUUUUUUUUUUUUGUCAUCAUGAAGUUUAGAUUAGAUCCUUUUCCCAAGUUUACAGAAACAGCUUUGGCUGCCUUGUUAAAUGCACGUAUCCUUAUCUUUGCUAUUGUGGUUGCUAAAAUCACCUUGGACCGUCUCUACAAAUAUGCAAUGAUUGUCAAUCCUUUGGGUUACGACGCACAGGGAGAUCCCACGUUAGAUAUUCUUGAGUACAAGAACUUUUGGACAGCCAAUGAAGUGUAUUACGCUUUAAACAGCUAUGGUCCCAAAGGUCGUCAAGCUUACUUGACUUAUUUGUUCUAUGAUGUUGCCUUUGUCAUUGCCCGUACUGUCCCCAUGGUGGUUAUCUGCAGUUGGGCCUAUAAAAAGGCACCCGCUGGUGCUCGUCCCGGAGCUUGGAUUCCCGUCUUAAACAUGUGCGUUGACCUCUUUGAAAAUCUCUUGAUUUUCGCCUUGAUCAAGUUGUUCCCUCAUCGUGUUAAAGGAUUGGAACUUUUCACGGCCUAUGUGAUUCAAUUCAAGUGGUUCACCUUCAAGACCUCAUUGACCAUCAUCUUUGUUUCAUUGUUCGUAGGUAUCUUUUAUGGAUUUCAUGGAUUAUUAGCGGAUAGUGUGGUGAUGGAAGAAGAUCGUCAAAAGAAAUUGAACUCGAGAAAUAAGGUACAAGAGGUAUUGCAGAAUUCUGCUGCACGUCGUGCUACUGCUGCUGCUGCUGGUAGACAUAGUGCCGUCAAUAAGAAGGAUGCCUAAGACAUUUGAGAUCUUUUUUUUUUUGUUCUUACGCACACACAUACACACAUACACACAUACACACACUUUUGUAAAUAAAUUUUAUUUUAGACCCGCCUUU